AUUUCUUAGAAGCACCACCAAGUAAAAGCUUGAACAGAGAGAAAAAAAGUUUUUUCUCUCUUCUAAAACCGGCCUCUCUUGUUUCCCUUUCAUCAACAAUAAAUAAGAAAAUUCAAAGGUUUCUUUGAACCAAAUUUAUAUAUUGAAAGGGUUCAGGGGGCUGAUAUUAAUGUUAAUAGUUUUUUUUUCUAGCUUUCUAGUAAUUUAUUGUUCAUAAAUUUGUUUUUUUUUCAAAAGCCAGGUUUGUGAAAUACUAUUAAUUAAACAGUUUAUAUUUGGGGGAAAUUUGAUAAAGUUGGUUGGAAAUUCUUCAUGGGUGUUUUGGUUGAUUCCCAAAAGGAAGGGUUUGGAUCUUCAUGGGGUGGUUUAAAGAGUUUGGUAAGAAGAAAACAAGUAGAUUCUGCUCAUUCCAAGCGUUCUGGUCAUCAUCAGUUGGCUAAAGAGUUGACAGUUCCACAUCUCAUAGCAAUUGGUGUUGGAUCAACAAUUGGAGCUGGAGUUUAUAUUCUUGUUGGAACAGUUGCGAGAGAGCAUUCAGGGCCAGCUCUUGCCAUUUCCUUUCUAAUAGCUGGAAUUGCUGCUGCACUCUCUGCUUUUUGCUAUGCCGAGCUUGCUAGUCGUUGCCCGUCUGCUGGCAGUGCCUAUCAUUAUUCAUACAUUUGUGUUGGUGAAGGUGUUGCCUGGUUGAUUGGUUGGGCUCUGAUACUGGAGUAUACAAUUGGUGGUGCAGCUGUUGCUCGUGGCAUUUCACCUAAUCUGGCUUUGCUUUUUGGGGGUGAAGAUAGCCUACCUAUUUUUCUAUCUCGUCAAUAUAUUCCUGGGCUUGAUGUUGUGGUAGAUCCAUGUGCCGCAAUUCUAGUUUUCAUUGUGACAGGGCUCUUGUGUGUGGGAAUCAAGGAGAGUACAUUUGCACAAGGAAUCGUCACCACUGCAAAUGUAUGUGCCAUGAUCUUUGUUAUAGUGGCGGGAGGUUAUCUGGGUUACAACACUGGAUGGGCUGGAUACAAACUUCCUACUGGGUAUUUUCCCUUUGGGGUGGAUGGAAUGCUUGCUGGGUCUGCGACAGUCUUCUUUGCAUAUAUCGGAUUUGAUUCGGUUGCCAGUACUGCCGAGGAGGUGAAGAAUCCCCAACGGGAUUUGCCUUUGGGUAUUGCAACAGCCCUCUCCAUUUGUUGUGGAUUGUACAUGCUGGUCUCUAUAGUGAUUGUUGGUCUGGUCCCCUAUUAUGCAAUGGAUCCUGACACUCCCAUCUCAUCUGCUUUUGCUAGCCAUGGGAUGCAAUGGGCAGCUUACAUAAUAACCAUUGGAGCGGUUACUGCUCUUUGUUCAACAUUAAUGGGCUCACUUCUCCCUCAGCCUCGAAUUCUUUUGGCAAUGGCUAGAGAUGGUUUGCUGCCAUCCUUUUUUUCAGAAGUUAAUAAAAGCAGCCAAGUUCCUAUCAAGAGCACAUUGGCAACUGGUCUAGUUGCUGCUACCUUGUCAUUCUUCAUGGAUGUUUCACAGUUGGCAGGGAUGGUCAGCGUGGGUACACUUCUUGCAUUUACUAUGGUAGCUAUUUCCGUGCUGAUACUUCGAUAUGUCCCACCUGAUGAGGUGCCAUUUCCAUCAUCACUUCAGGAGUCUAUUGAUUCUGUCACAUUAAGAUAUUCUCAGAGGAUUAGUGGGAAAAACCCUGAGACAAACCCUGAGACAAGUACCUUUGUAGACAGUUCUCAGCCUUUGCUCGGCAAUAAAAAUGUAGCAGUUGAUUGCCUCGUUAUUGAAAAACAAGAAGCUCAGGCUUAUUGGACCCUCACUGAACAGAACAGGCGAAAAAUUGCUGGUUGGACCAUAAUGUUAUUAUGUGUAGGGGCAUUUGGCCUUACCUUUGCAGCUUCAAAUGUGUGGAUUCCAAGUCUUAUUCGGUUAACGUGUUGCGGAGUUGGUGGUGUUCUUCUUCUGUCUGGUUUGAUUGUGCUCACCUGUAUAGAUCAAGAUGAUGCAAGGCAUAAUUUCGGCCAUACUGGAGGUUUCAUAUGCCCUUUUGUUCCACUUUUACCAAUUGUCUGCAUUCUCAUCAAUGUCUACCUGCUCAUCAAUUUGGGGGCUGCAACAUGGGCUAGGGUAUCGGUGUGGCUUUUGAUAGGGGUGGUUGUAUAUGUGUUCUAUGGUCGAUCCCACAGCUCUUUGCUGGAUGCAGUCUAUGUGCCUGCAGCUCAUGUGGAUGAAAUUUAUCGAUCCUCGGGUGACUCAUUGGCUUAAUUCCACCAUGAAUGCAGGAAACAAUGUGGAAUAUGUGUCGGAACCAAUGGUUGUUGGUCUUUGGUAUUUGCAGACGAAUCUCAACGUUGAAUGUUUGUAAUUUUUAGUUAUUUUUAUAUAUCCUAUUUUCCCCAAUUUGUUUGUAUUUGUAAGCUGUUGUGGCAGCCAUGGCAGAUGUGACCUUAAAUGACACCCUAGCUUGUAUAUAGCAUAUAUGUAUCCUGAGGUUGGAAAAACUCAUUCAAAAAUGUAAAUUAAAUAUGGAUUUUCGUCU